AUGCAAGACAGAUUCAAUUUUUAAACUUAAACUGAGCAUUUGCAUGCCCGUUAUGUUGGUACAGGAAAUCCAGACACUCCAAAAUAUGUUUGGAAUAAUCAUAUUCACAGAGAUACAUUAGCCUCACAUAUAGGUCAUCAUAGUAGAAUGGUCUAUUUCUGUACAGCUGAAAAUGAACCAAUGUGCCGAUUGCGUUAUAAAUUUUUAACCAAAAUGAUUUAGCCCUGUGGGCCUCCCCCACCUGAUAUUGAGAAAGCAGAAUUUUGA